UUCCGACACUCUCAAGACUUAAGAAGCUGCGUGCCAGGGAGCAGUUGAAACGAAGGAGGCCACAAAGCUAGGACUGAAGAACACUCCACACUCUGCACCACUGACUGCUUCUCUGGACGUCGAAGGUGGCACUUCGGCCAGCACAAUGGAAAGGAGUCUGAAGAAUGUCCUUGUGGUUUCCUUUGGGUUCCUCCUUCUCUUCACUGCCUACGGGGGCCUGCAGAACCUGCAGAGCAGCCUCUACAGCGAGCACGCUGGGGUGGCGACGCUCAGCUCACUGUACAGUGCUGUCCUCCUGUCCUCCCUGUUCCUCCCGCCCAUCCUCAUCAAGAGAUACGGCUGCAAGUGGACCAUCGCGGGCUCCAUGGGCCUCUAUGUGGCCUUCUCCCUGGGCAACUUCCACGCCAACUGGUACACACUGAUCCCCACCUCCAUCUUGCUGGGACUGGGAGCCGCCCCCCUGUGGUCAGCUCAGUCCACCUACCUCACAGUCAUGGGGAACUCCCACGCCGUGAAGGUGGGCAAGCUUGGCAAAGAUGUGGUGAACCACUAUUUUGGCAUCUUCUUCCUUAUAUUCCAGUCUUCUGGAGUGUGGGGCAACCUGAUCUCGUCUCUGGUGUUCGGCCAGACUCCCACUCAAGAGGCCAUCCCAGAGGAGCAGCUCGUGCUCUGUGGAGCCAGUGACUGCCUGAUGGCCACAGCAGCCACCAACAGCACCCAGCGCCCCUCCCAGGAGCUGAUCUACAUGCUGCUGGGUAUCUACACAGGAAGCGGUGUCCUGGCAAUCCUGCUGAUAGCCAUGUUUCUGGAGCCUCUAGAAGACAAUCAGCAGAAGAGUGGGGGAGAGAAGAGGUCAUCGCCCCCUUUCUGGUCCACUUUGCUGUCAACUUUCAGGCUUUUUCGAGACAAACGUCUGUGCCUCCUGAUUCUGCUGCCUCUGUACAGUGGAUUGCAGCAGGGAUUCCUCUCUGGUGAAUACACAAGGUCCUACGUCACCUGUGCCCUAGGCAUCCAGUUUGUGGGUUACGUGAUGAUCUGCUUUGCUGCCACCACCUCACUGUGCUCCCUGUUGUACGGGAAGAUCUCCCAGUAUACAGGCAGGACCGCGCUCUACCUGCUGGGUGCAGCCACUCACCUCUCCUGCAUCAUUGCCCUCCUGCUGUGGCACCCUCGAUCCUCCCAGAUGGCUGUUUUCUUCCUUCUCCCUGGCCUCUGGGGCCUCUCGGAUGCAGUGUGGCAGACGCAGAACAAUGCUCUUUACGGCAUUCUGUUUGAGAAGAGCAAGGAAGCUGCAUUCGCCAACUACCGCCUGGGGGAAGCCCUGGGGUUCGUCAUCGCCUUUGGAUACAGCCCCUUCCUGUGCAUCAGCACCAAGCUCUACAUUCUCGCAGGCGUCCUGAGUCUGACCAUGGUGGCUUACGGAGUAGUUGAGUACCUGGAAUCCAGGGACACGGGCAAGGCCCUUGCUGAGGGAGAGACAAGCCAUGCAGAGGAAGGAGAAGUACAAACGGAAAUGUGAGGAACAGGCUGCAGCCAGGGACCCGGCGAGGGCCGCAGAGACAUCUGAGGGUGCUCAGGACACACCUGCCUCUUCCCGGCACUUCAUCAAUUGCGGACAUUCCGAAGACACUACAUGAUUUUACUUUUCGUGUAAUUUUUUUAUAGUCUGACACAUUUCUAGUCCAUCUUCCUAGCAACAGAGUUCAAGAGUAUACAUGAAGGGAUCAGUUAAUUUAAUUUCAGGUAUAAAAGAAACACGUUGGAAUUUGCCUCAGGUCUCAAACUUCCCUUGUUUUUGUUCCUUGUUCAAGAAUUGAAAGCUGCUCAAAAUAACACCACCAUAAUUUUACUAACAAGUAAAUUUUUAAACUUCUAAAACCACAAAUUUUAUAAUCGGGUCCAGACAAGUGAACGUAUGCCACAGAGUGACAAAGCCAA